CCCCGCGCCGCCGCCGCCGCUGCCAUGGCGGUGCGGAGCUGCAGCGCUUGGCGGCGGCUGCUGCUGCUCCUGCUCCUGGCCGGCUCCGCCGCCAGUCCGGCGGAGGAGGGCGGCGGGCGGCGGGAGGCGGGCGGCGGGGAGCACGGCGAGGAGGCGGCGCAGCCUCACCACGACUCCUCGUACGGCACCUUCGCAAGCGAGUUCUACGACCUGCGCUACCUCUCCGAGGAGGGUUACCCUUUCCCUACUGCUCCUCCUGUGGAUCCAUUUGCAAAAAUCAGAGUGGAUGACUGUGGGAAAACCAAGGGAUGCUUCAGGUAUGGUAAACCUGGAUGCAAUGCAGAGACUUGUGACUACUUUCUGAGUUACCGUAGAAUAGGAGCCGAUGUUGAAUUUGAGUUGAGUGCUGAUACUGAGGGCUGGGUGGCAGUUGGAUUUUCCUCAGACAAGAAAAUGGGAGGAGAUGAUGUCAUGGCUUGUGUUCAUGAUGACAAUGGGAGAGUUCGAAUACAGCACUUCUACAACGUGGGUCAGUGGGCUAAAGAGAUCCAGAGGAAUCCUGCUAGAGAUGAAGAAGGGGUUUUUGAAAACAAUCGUGUGACCUGUCGAUUCAAGCGCCCCGUGUAUGUGCCCCGAGAGGAAACCAUUGUAGAUCUCCACUUGAGUUGGUACUACCUGUUUGCUUGGGGUCCAGCAAUUCAGGGUUCUAUAACUCGUCAUGAUAUAGACUCACCACCUGUAUCAGAGCAUGUUGUCAGUAUUUACAAGUAUGAAGAUAUUUUCAUGCCAUCAGCUGCCUAUCAGACCUUCUCUUCUCCAUUCUGCUUGCUCCUCAUUGUCGCACUGACCUUCUAUUUAUUGAUGGGAACUCCAUGAGCCAUGGAAGAUGGCAGGAAUCUGUCAGUGGAAGUUUCUCAGGAUGGACUCUUGUGUGGAUGGACGAUGCAUUUUUCUACUGGAAUUUAUAUCACACCACCAUCUUCAUCUAGCUGCUUUUGAAUAUAAUUAGCCUCUCAGGAGAAGGAAGUAACCAUCUCCUCUGAGUGGCAGAGUAGUGGGAAAUCAUUUGAGAAUAAUCAGUGAACACAUAGGAGAAUAUUUUCCGUGUUGUGACCACUUGUAUAAAGACAAGGAGACUUUUGUAAAGUCGGUGUGCGUGCGUGCAUGUGAGUGUGUGUGUGUGUGUGUUUGAGAGGAGAGUGAGAUCUAUGUGUGCUUAGGCAAAGUUAGUGAUGGACAUCUUAUCAAAGUUGCCUUUGAAAUUGCUCCCACAAUGCAAAUUUGGAAAACAUUACAGUGCUGUUUGGUGCUUCUGGAGCAGACAGCACACCUCCAAGUGCAGUUUCUGAACUUAAGAUCUGGAUACUGACACAGUAGGGUAAAACCUGUCCUUCAUUAAUGGACAGUGCUCCGGGUUGGAUUGUAUGUUUAUCAAGCUUUGCUUGCUCUGGUACUUUCCAAACCUAAACUUGCAUAUAUGGGAAAAAACAGAUGUAAAGCUACAUAAUAGACAAGUUCCCAACAAGCCAUAGGAUGUCCUCCAAAUAGAUUUAAUCUUUUGGUUUUUUCCUCUAUGAA